AUGCGAAAUUGCGAGGCUAUAAACCCGGACGGUUCAGCUUUCAACGUCAGCGGCGGCAGAUGUGAAGCGUGUAAUGGUAACGGUGCGAAGAAGGUCGAUAUGGGACUGCUCUCUGAUGUCUGGGUGGAGUGUGAGGUGUGCGAGGGAAAACGCUUCAAUAGUGAAACCCUCGCCAUUAAAUACAAGGGAAAAAACAUCUCCGAGGUCCUUGAAAUGGAUAUUGAUAUCGCACUCGCACAUUUCGCCGAUAUUCCGAAGGUCGCAAGGGGAUUGAAACUACUUCACGAUGUUGGUUUGGAUUACAUUAAACUCGGACAACCGGCUCCCACGCUUUCAGGCGGCGAAGCACAACGCAUCAAACUUUCGCGGGAACUCUCCAAACGAGGUACGGGUAAAACCCUCUAUAUCCUUGAUGAACCCACAACCGGCUUGCACUUUGACGAUGUAAAUAAAUUGUUGACAAUACUUCAUCGUCUCGUGGACGAUGGCAACACGGUCGUCGUUGUUGAACACAAUCUUGAAGUCGUCAACUCCGCAGAUUACCUCAUUGAUUUAGGACCGGAAGGCGGCGUUGGCGGCGGAGCUAUCGUUGCUGUGGGGACACCUGAACAGAUCACAGAGGUGCCUGAAUCUUACACUGGACGGGCACUUCGUGGUGAUUUCGAUAUCUGGCGUGGGACAAAGCAUCAACGCCUGGGAGAAGCGGAACUCGCCUUCGCGUAUGGACGAGAAUCGGAGGCACCUCCGGAAACCAUUACUGUGCGGGGGGCUGCGGAAAAUAAUCUGAAAAAUAUUGACAUCGACAUCCCGCACCGAAAGAUGACCGCAUUGACUGGCGUGAGCGGUUCCGGUAAGACAUCACUCGCACUUGAUACCGUUUAUGCCGAAGGACAGCGCCGCUAUAUCGAGACACUCAGCACUUACGCUCGUCAGUUUAUAGGGCAGAUGGAAAAGCCCAAAGUCUCAAAGAUUGAAGGUCUCUCGCCGGCGAUUGCUAUUUCGCACACCAACGCAGGGCAAAACCCAAGGUCCACUGUCGCGACGAUUACGGAGAUACAUGAUGGAGUCCGCACGCUUUACGCCAGAUGGGGCAAACCCUUCUGUCCGGAUUGUCAAGAGGAGGUACAGCCACAGACAGCGGAAGAGAUAACGGAGCAGGUUUUUGGGAUCCACCGUGAACAGAGGGUGGAUGUCCUCGCACCUCUCACAAAUUUCUUGCUUCUUCCGGAAGAUAAAGAAGGCGUGUCAAGGGGUAAAAUUGUUGACGUUAGUGCAAGUGAGUCGGCAUUCGGUUUGAAAGGGAACGAGGAUUACGCCGAUGUAUUUCGUCGAUUGCAAGGAGCAGGAUUUGUGCGCGUCCAAAUUGAUGGCGAAAUUCAUCGACUUGAUGAAGCACCAAAGCUGAGUAGAGGUAUUCACCAUGAAGUCUUUAUCGUCAUCGACCGCAUCGAGCUUGUAGAUGAAGAAAAAAGCCGUUUUACGGAGGCGGUGGAGUUGGCACUCCUUCAAAGUGGGGGGUUCGUACUCAUUGAGAACAGAGAACGCGGACAACCAACGGGGCGGCAUUUCCUUAGCGAACAUGCGAUGUGCCGUUCGUGCGGCAGCAACUUUGGGCAAUUGACACCCCGCCACUUCUCCUUUAACAACAAAGUCGGGGCGUGCGAUUUCUGUGAUGGACGCGGAAGAAACAUGCACUCACCGUAUGAUGCGUGCAAUCAAUGCCACGGCACACGACUGAAACCCUUCCCAAGUUGCGUCAGGUUUGAAGAUAUGACCGUCUCUGAAUUGAUGGCACUGUCAAUUACCGAAAUUAUUGAAUUCUUCAACGCACGGUUAAAACGGAUCGAAGCGGAGAUCAUUUCAGAUGAUGCGGAGACCAAUAGGAGCGAUCUUCUGAUCGCAACAGGCGUGUCAACUUCAAGAGCGACACGUCCGGCACUUCACGUUCAUACUUCACCUGAGUUUGAAGCUGAAGUCCUGCGCCAAAUCCAGACGCGGCUUCAGUUCUUAGAAGAUAUUGGUCUCGGUUAUCUCGCGUUAGACCGCGGGGCACCAACGCUUUCCGGUGGCGAAAUGCGCAGAAUCCAACUCGCAAGCCAACUCGGUAGUGGUCUCACCGGGGUAACCUAUAUUCUCGAUGAACCCAGCAUCGGCUUACACCCACGCGACCAAGAACGCCUCAUUGCUGCACUCAAGGAACUCCGCGAUAUCGGCAACACUGUCCUCGUUGUUGAACACGACCGCGAUACAAUAUUAGCCGCCGAUCAUGUGAUUGAUUUCGGUCCCCAAGCAGGCAAAGGCGGUGACCAGAAGGCGAUCGGUGAAACACCGCGUUCCAAUCCAGCGACCUAUACCGACCUAUUCACGAAAAUCCGUGAACUUUUCGCUGAGCAAUACGAUGCAAAGAUGCGUGGCUUUAAUAUGGGCAUGUUCAGUUUCAACCUCGCACAGGGACAGUGUCAUGUAUGUGAGGGACACCGUUUCAACCGCAUUGAGAUGCAUUUUCUCCCUGACGUAUGGAUGCCGUGUGAGGCGUGUAAUAGCACCGGCUACAGUAUGGAGACACUCGAAAUCCGUUACAAAGGCAAAAAUAUCGCUGAAGUCUUAAAUAUGACGGUAGAUGAGGCACUCGCAUUCUUCAGCGAAAGCCCGCGCAUCUGCCGGACGCUCCAGAUGUUAACAGAUGUCGGACUCGGUUACAUAGAGUUGGGACAAUCCGCGACGACGCUCUCUGGCGGUGAGGCGCAGCGCGUCAAACUUGCGAAGGAGUUGGCGCGUCGCCAAACCGGUUCAACGCUCUAUAUCAUGGACGAACCGACGACCGGACUCCACUUUGACGACAUCCAGAAACUCCUCAAGGUGCUGAACCGACUCGUCGAUGAAGGCAACACGAUUAUCGCUGUCGAACACAACAUUGACGUUAUCAAAUCCGCAGAUUGGAUCAUCGACUUGGGACCGGAAGGCAGCAAAGGCGGCGGAGAAGUCGUUGCGAUGGGCACGCCAGAGAAAGUCGCGUCGGUACAAGAAUCCCAUACCGCACGUUUCUUACGCGAAGUACUAUAG